GUUGCCACUUCCUUGAAGACUAUAGUAUUUUCCUACUUUCACUGCCUGGCAGUGCAUGGUAGUUCUUCAGCUUCUGUAUGUGAUGAAUCUGAGAGAAAAACAAGUACAGCUGGGAGGCUGGCAGUAGUAAGUACAAAGCAUGGUGCUCUGAAUAUCUCCAGGGACAUGCGUGUGGCUGGCUCCCCCCUCCCCCAGCUAUCUCCUUUCUCCCAACCCUUUCUGGGUGGAGAGAUCUGGAAUGAAAAUUAACCUACACCAGAGGUUAGUGCAGAGUUGGGAGGUUAGACCCAACAGAGUAACAUUAGGAGAGUCCCAGGUUUCUCUGUGGACAGAGCAGAACAACAGCACGAUUCACCAGGAAAAAGGCUAAAGGGAGGUAGUCAGGAUGGGCUACUUGCCCCCGACCACAAAAGCCUUGCUGUUGGGACUGGUGAUUUCUAUUACAGUGGUGGAAGGAGUUGUGGUUGAGAACAAAACCAGAAUAUGCCAACUGGCCCCACUCUGGAAAAUAAAUGGCAUAGACCCAAUGGCUGGGAUGGAAGGCCGGGUGACAGUGGUGGCUCUUCUGAAGGCUAGCUGACAGUUCUGUCUCAAGCAAGCAGCCAGCCUUGGCAGCUUGCAAGAGAAAUUGUCUGGUGAUGGCGUGGCCAAUGUCAGUUUCAUGAUUGUGAAUGAAAAGACCCCUUCCUCCUGGGCAAUGUAUUGGGAACUCAAACGGCAUACUCCCAAAGGCAUCCCAGUUUACCAGCAACAAAUCCUGGAACCUGAUGUCUGGCAAAUCCUAAAGGGCAACAAGGAUGACUUUCUGAUAUAUGACAGGUGCAGGAAGCUAGCUUUCCAUAUCCAGUUGCCAUACAGUUUUCUGCACUUACCAUAUGUUGAGGCAGCUGUGCGCUACACACACCGCAAAGACUACUGUGGCAAUUGUUCCUGGUAUUAUCUGGACAACAGCCAGGAGGUGAAUAACACAGCAAGUACUCCUGUGAUGACAACUGAGGCUCCCAGAGACAAAGUGAACCUGGAAGUAUUGAAAGACCAGCCUGAAAAGAAAAAUCAAGAGGCACCUAAGUUCAUAGUCCAGAACCAUUCCCAUCAUGGGGGAAUUAACAGAGCCCAGCUAUCCCUCCAUUCAUAAAACUAUUCAGAGAACCACCAAACAAGGGAAUCUCACUAAAAGUUUACAGUAUGGAAAUAAACUCUCAACUGUUGGGAACCCCAAAAUCUUACACUAAAAAACUAAGCAAGCAGUAUAAAAAAUAGCUAAGAAGUAAACUUACACAUCUUAGAAGGGAAUGGUACUGUGUUUAUGGAGAGUAAGAGAACAGAAUAUGCCAAAUUAUUCUCAGAGGGUCAGACAUCAUGCUAAACUAUAAUAUGUUUUGCUUCAUUGUGACUUAGCAUGUUGUAUAAGCCAACAGUUAACUUGGACUUGAGUGGUGUAAUGGCAGGACUGAGCCCAUAAGUUGAAAGGCUAGAGUUUCAGACCUUGUCUCUCUGAAGACCACUUCUUGGGAGUGCCGGUUGGUAUUUCUCACAGCUACCACCUACCUUCUUGGGCAGUUUCUCUACCUUAGCAACUUUAAGAUGUGUGGACUUCAGCUUCCAGAAUUUCCCAGCCAGCACAGGCUGUGGAAUUCUGGGAGUUGGAAGUCCACAUAUUUUAAAGUAGUUGAAGUUGAAAAACUCUGUUUUAGGGAAUGUCUCAUCUCCUGACUUUCCAACUAGCCUCAGUGUGUUUGAGAAAGAAUGCUCCCAUGCUAGCAAAUUAAAGGAAAAAUAAAAUGAUGUUGAGGAAAUACAUUCAAUAACCACCUCCUGGCCCUGUGCUUUUGAGACAUGUCACUAGGGUGACCAGCUCCUCUUCCUCUUUCUUUUGGUGAGGAAGUAGAUCAGCCACACAGAGUAUGAAUAGAAUCUUUUUUUUUUAAUGAGAAGUGUAAAAAAUUCUUUUUAACUUUAAAUAGGCACAUGCAAAACAUUCAGUGGUAGAGGAGAUAAAAAUAUAGAGCUGCUAAAAUUGCAAACAGAGUCUCAUAAGGAAAUUCUAACAGAAAAAUAUACAGGAAAUAAUAAAGUUCUGACUGACCACAAGUUGAUAGAUAUGCUACUAGUAUAGAAGCAACUUUGAUGUAAAGGGAUGCUAAUCUGCAUGAAACACAAUGACUGAGUUAUAUAGAAACAAUAAUAAUCAGAAACAAUAAAUUAGUCUUGAAAAUAAAAAUAAAAAUUUCAAAAUAUUCCUAGCUCAGGUUCUUACCUAAUUCUUUAGGAGAUCUUGAAUCCUGAAGCUAAAGUCCUCUUUCCUGCUUUCAUGGAUUUUUUCAACUCCUUGUAGAAUUUUUAUCUCCUCCCAACCUCCUAGCAGUUCUCCCUUGUUGACCAGUAGGUCCCAAAUUGUAUACCUAGCAAAGAAGGAUGUUGUGGGAGGACAGCCCUGCUAGUCUAGAGUGGCAAAGAAUCAGAAGGAUGGCAUCUGAGGAGAUGAGCUGCAGCUCCUGAAAGCUGAUGCCUUUUAAUACAUUUUGUUAGAAAAGGUGCUACCAGACUCCUCCUGAUUUUUUUUAGCAAAGAAGGAUGGGUUGAGGAAAUUUGCUGAUUCUCAUGUCCAUGCCUGAGAGAAGACGCUGCUUUGAAUUUCUGUGCUGGUAGCUUGCCUCUGGCCUGAGGGGCUAUCAGGCAGGCUGCAAAAGUGAAAAUAGGGGGUCAGUGCUUACCUGCCCAUAUGUUUUAGAGCCAUCAGAUGUCUCUCUUAACAAUUGCUUAUUUCCAUACACACUUAGUCUUCUGCUGCUGGGAAGUCAGUUUGGAUCCCCCGCCUUUACAUUUCCUGCUUUUCUGCACUCAAUGAAGUAUGUAGUGUAAACUAAAUAUUGCAGUCACUGCAGUCUGAAACUGUUCAGAAAAGUAGUUAAUCAAAAUGGAAAGAUGGGAUGAGGAUCAGAACUAGUAUUUGAGGAAGGGUGACAGACUAAGUGAGGGGAAUGGAAAUAGAGGGAGCUGAUUGGGUCUGGCGCCCUUAAUUUGGCACACUAAUAUCCAUGGACCUGAAUGGCAAAUGGGAGGAUUGUCUUUUUUGUGGUACUUCUGGAAGGAAAAGGUUUGCUAGAAUGGAGAGAAUAAAAUGGAAUUAACUGGAUUUACAGAAAUGUUACUUGCUUCUAUGUAUAUCUCACUGUAUGUAGUCAGACAAGGUUUGGGGUGAAGCUUGAGUAAGUGGCAGCACAUUAUGAGAUGAGCUGGUGGAGAAAGUUAAUUCUUGACAUAAUAAUGGCAAAAGUAAUGAAAAUGGAUGCAUCAUAUACUGAGUACAAAUAAUACUGUAUUCUGGUGGAAAUAAAUUAUCUGAUAUGCA